AUGUCCAUGUACAAUCAUCGCGGUUUGGGUCCUGCCCCCGGUAGCGCUCGAUUAAAUGAAUUGUUGGAUGGCAUUCGCACUGAAUUCGACACUCAACAACGAGCAAGUGGAGAAUAUGAACAUAAUAUUGCACAACAAAUACAAGAGAUGCAAAUGGUUCGAGAAAAGGUCUAUCAAAUGGAACAAACACAUCUAGCUUUGAAGCAAAAAUAUGAUGAAGAGAUUCAACGACUUCACCGCGAACUUGAGGUUCGAGGAGGUGCCCCUCGUCCACCUGCCAUGGGCGGUCCACCACAACAUGCGGCUCCAUCCCAAGCACCGCCCUCGAUUGGACAUGGCCCAAGCAACCUCUUUGGAGGGAUAAUGGCUGGUCAAGCAUCCCAAGGAGGUCCAGGUCUUGCUCCUCCUCCACAACAACAACAGCAACAGCAACAGCAACAACAGCAGCAACAGCAACAACAGCAACAACAGCAACAGCAGCAACAACAACAACAACAACAGCAACAACAGCAACAACAACAACAACUACAACAACAAGAUGCGCAAGGUCCACUACCACCACACGCAAUGCCUCAACCUCAACCAACCCUUCAAGGACCUCCAAUACCUCAACAAGGUCCUUUCCAAGGUGGUUAUCCUCCACAAGGUCCCCCACAAAAUGGUCCAUAUGGUCCUCAGCCUCCUCAGUCAGCCGCUUCUCCUGGCCCAGGGAAAGGAGGCCCGCGCCAAAACCGUGGCCCCGGCGGCCCAGCAACUCCUCAAAUGCCACAACAAUUGCCAUAUAACGAUCCUAGACAAUCACCUCAAGUUGGUCACCCAUUAGCCGGUAUCCCUCGAGGACCUGCAUAUCCUGUAGGUAAUGUGGGAAAUGCAUUGGCAGAAUUGGAUCUGGAGCGCCUACCACCUCAAUACAAGAAAGUAGAGGCCGAUUGGUUUGCAAUCUUCAACCCAGAUGUUCCAAAGAUUCUUGAUGUUGAUCUUGUUCAUACUCUCAUUCACGAAUCCGUCGUUUGUUGUGUUCGUUUCAGUCAUGAUGGAAAAUUCGUGGCUACGGGUUGCAAUCGAUCUGCUCAAAUCUAUGAUGUUGUCACGGGAAAUAAGGUUUGCGUCCUUCAAGAUGACACUGUAGAUUCCGUGGGAGAUCUUUACAUUAGAAGUGUUUGCUUCAGUCCCGAUGGAAGAUACCUAGCUACUGGUGCAGAGGAUAAAUUGAUCCGAGUCUGGGAUAUUGCUUCACGAACAAUUAGAAAUACAUUCGCAGGACAUGAGCAAGAUAUUUACUCUUUAGAUUUCGCCCGUGAUGGUCGUACCAUUGCUUCCGGAAGUGGUGAUCGUACUGUUCGUCUCUGGGAUAUUGAAGCUAGUCAAAACAUUUUGACUCUUAGUAUCGAAGAUGGUGUGACCACGGUUGCUAUUUCACCAGAUACUAAAUAUGUUGCUGCCGGUUCUCUCGAUAAGAGCGUUCGUGUUUGGGAUGCUGCUACUGGAUACUUGGUCGAACGUCUUGAGGGUCCAGAUGGUCACAAGGACAGUGUUUACUCUGUCGCAUUCGCACCCAAUGGAAAAGAUCUUGUUUCAGGAAGUUUGGAUAAAACCAUUAAGAUGUGGGAGCUUGUCGCACCAAGAGGUGGUCACCCCAACACAGGUCCAAAGGGUGGAAGAUGUUUACGUACAUUUGAAGGGCACAAGGACUUUGUACUUUCCGUUGCUCUCACUCCAGAUGGAGCUUGGGUUCUUUCUGGAUCCAAGGAUAGAGGUGUUCAAUUCUGGGAUCCAAGAACGGGUAAUACUCAACUCAUGUUACAGGGUCAUAAGAAUUCUGUUAUUUCCGUGGCACCAAGUCCUUCGGGUGGUUCUUUCGCUACUGGUUCGGGUGAUAUGAGGGCGAGAAUUUGGAGUUAUAAGAAUAUCUAA